AUGCUGAGCGGGCUGGUUACGCUCAAGAACAACGACGCGUCACCCAUGGUCGUGUCCGGCGGCGUGUCACUCAUUGCCUCGCUCAAUACCGGCGGGCAGCCGCGGGAGCAGGAGCUGACUCAGCUCCAGUGCGACGGGGCAAAGCCAACCGGCGCCGUCGCUCCCGGCGGCGGCCUCACGUGCCGGUUCUCAAAUAUCCCAGCGCCGCCCGGCGCGUUGCGCGUCUUCGCGCGCGCGCGCGACGCCGGCGGGGCCGCGUACACGAGCGACGCCCUCUCCGUCCCGCGCGGCGGCGCCGGCGGCGCCGGCGUGGCCGCGCUGCAGUCGAGCACGCCGGGCGCGUGCGCCUUUGUCAGCGACAAUUUUUUCGACGGGCAGGAGGAGGAGACGCCCAUCGUUGUGCCGUCCGCCAUAAACCCUAAGACCCUCCAGUCGAUCUCCGCCAACGGCAGCAGCAAGGCCGCUGCGGCGGGCGUCAAGGCUUUCAGGGGAAAGGCGCCCGACGCGUUUGAUGGCCAGGAGGCGAGCCAGCGGAUGUGCGGGAGCGUCUCGUAUACGUAUAAGGCCGAAUUCGGGCCAUUCUCCAGCACCGCCUGCGGCACCUACACGGCCGCCAACCUCGUGUCCACCCUCAUAGAGCUGGCAGGCGACACAUCGCAGGUGUCGGACCUGGGAGUCGUAUCCAUCGCGGUGGAGGGCUGCCCCCGCCCCGGCCCCACUGCCACGCUGGACGCGCCGUCGCUUGCAGUAGUGCGGCAGUACGGCUGGGCCCUAAACGGCACAGUGUCGCCCGGGGCGCUGCUGGUACAGAAGGGGUCGCAGCAGGGGGCGGCGACAGCAGCCUAUACCUACAAGGCGACGCGCACUACCCAGGGGGAGAGCUACGAGCUGAGCGGGACCAUCACAGUGCGCAACCCGACGCCGACGGCGUGGGUCCUGCAGGACGUGAGGGUGGAGGCGCUGAGGCCGACAGAGGUCCAGGCCAUCCUGCCACAGAGCGCGAG